CACUCGUUCAGUUUUAAUUUACGCCUUAGAGCGAUUGGUUCAUGUACAGUAUUAUUAUAGGAUUUAUUAGUUUAGCAUUCAGUGUGCGUCGAACCGUGCUAUUGAUGAUUAAGUAAUAUCCACAACAUCUCAAAAAACUUUCUCAUUAUUUCAAGGAAUUAAUGUUAAUGUGACGAGUCCAAGAGCAUGGCAUGUGCAGUUCCGCGAAACCAAGGCAAUUUUUAGUGAUUAUCUAAGAGUCAGAUAUUGAUUUUUCUUAUCGUCACCGAAGAUAUUUGAAAUUAAUCGAGGGAACGCACCGCUUGUAUAGACUGAAAUUGAAAUUUUCAAAGACACACAGCGGUCAUGUAUCGUCCGCUCCAAUGGUACGUGAUUGUUUCCCUGCUGUCGUCUUCAACAAUGGCUUUCCGAUGCCCCGAAGGCAUGGGCUGCGGUCCCUGCCAACAACUUCCCAACAACGUCUACGAGAUUAACUGUGAAACAAGUGAUUCAAACUCGGAAUUCAACAUUCGCUUCAAACCGGAGGAAUGGGUUAGGAUAGAGUGCUACAAUUCUCCGAAUUGGACCGAGUUUCACCUCGGAACAAUCCAGCAGAUUUUGCACGUCAAGUCGAUAUCCUUCAGAAAAUGUGAAUUGCCGGAGCGGGAGAAUCUAGGCGUUAUUGCAAAACAAAUUGUCGCCAAUCAUAUUGAAGAUCUCAUGUUCCAAUCAAUCGGCGAUUUGACAUUGUCAUUGACGAGAAAUACCCUGUCACAAUUCAAAAACGUGAGAAGACUGACUUUGUCCAGCAAUGGUUUAAAAAACGUCACUGCCGAUCUUCUGCAAGAUCUGAAGAAUCUAACAGUCCUCAAUCUCCAUCAGAAUAAUCUCCGUGGAUUACCUCGUGACUUCCUCAAUCUACCCAAUCUCAAGUCCAUAGAACUAGGUGGCAAUAAUCUACAAAUCAUCGAGCCCACAGCAUUCGAUAAAUCAACCAAGCUGGAGCUCUUGAAUAUUUGGAAUAAUAAAAUUGUGGAAAUAAAACCCAAGAGUUUCGAUAAACUCGAGUCUCUCGUAUCCCUUGAUCUCCAUUUGAAUAAAUUGACUCAACUGCCGGAAAAUAUUUUCGCUAAAUUGCCGAAUCUCAGAUUCAUCAAUUUGUCACAGAAUAAUUUCACUGGUGAUUCACUCCCAGCAAAUUUAUUGAGGUAUAAUAGUCUUCUGGAGGCUGUGACUCUCUUCGAGAACAAACGAAAUUUGACGACUUUGCCUUCCAAGUUGUUUGCCAAUUUGAAGAAACUCACGAUUGUUAAGAUGAGGAGAAAUGGACUAAUUCGAUUGCCAGAGGAUUUAUUCGUGGGUGCUAGUAGUCUGAGGAAUUUGAGUAUGGAGAGGAAUUACAUUGAAACAAUACCGCGUAAUAUUUUCAACGACUGUGAGAAUCUUUCCACUAUUGAUCUGAGCUUCAAUGAAAUAAGGGAAUUGCCGGAGGGAGUCUUUUCCAUGCUCAAGAAAUUGGAAAUCCUCGAUUUGUCGAGGAAUCAUAUCACGAUCAUUAGCCAAGAUAUGUUUACAGGCUUGUCAUCCCUCAAAGUCCUAAACCUAGAAAAUAACGGUUUGAAGAUAAUUCACCCCCGUGGACUGAGUGCACUUGAGAAUCUACGAAUUGUCAAGUUCUCUUUCAAUCAGCUCACCCUAAAGACGACCACCCCCAAUAUGAGGUUUGACGAUGAAUUCGGCCCCAAUUCACCGUUCCACAAUUGCAUGGAGACGAUAGAAGAGCUGCAUCUGGCCCACAAUAACAUUUCGGAUAUCUAUGGAGAUUGGAUCCUGGCGACAGGAUUGAGGACCCUCGACCUUAGUCACAAUAAUUUGACAUUGUUACAGGAGGUAGAUUUUCAAUUUCUAUCUGGAGAUAUCGAGGUCGAUCUCUCCUCAAAUAAGAUCGAGCGAGUACUUAUGCACACAGCCGAGAAAUUCUCACAGAUAGCGACACACCAAAAAAACGUCAUGAUAUCAAUAGAGGACAAUCCAAUCAACUGUGACUGCCAUGUCCACGAUCUCCUCCGUUAUCGUGAGGGAAGAAUGCACCCAAGUGUCCACUAUCAGUUUUUCCUAAAGAUGGAUAAUUUGAUAUGCCACAAGCCAGCUAGCCUUGAGAACACGGCCCUGGAUGAGCUGGAGUCAAAAUCACUCAAGUGCUUGGUAGAUCAGCCAAUGAUUUACGACGCCCUCUGUCCAGAUGAGUGCACCUGCUGGAUGAGACCAGAGGAUCGAGCCUAUCUAAUUGAUUGCUCCUACAGACAUCUGCAAAUGGCGCCGAGAAUGCUCAAGAGUCCCCCGGGACUUCACAUUGAGCUGAAUCUAACGGGCAAUUACCUGACGUCAGUGCCCUCAAUGAGCCAGUCAGGAUACAGUGCAGUGACAGUUGUCGAUCUAUCGGUAAAUAAAAUAACUCAACUGCCUCUCGAUGGACUAUCGAAGAACCUCGAAGUACUAUUCCUGGACUCGAAUGAGCUGAGGAGAUUGGACACUCAAGUCCUGGACUUGUUAUCCAAUUCGACCAAGCUAAAGAAUCUGACUCUUGAUGGAAAUCCCUGGUCCGCCGACUGCGACUCCAGGCAAUUCCUCAGCUUUGUUCAGAGCAAGAUGGUAAUGAUCCCAGAGCUGCAGAAAGUCACCUUUCAAUCAUCUGACUCACCGGUCUUUGAGAUGACCCCAGAGGAGCUUUGUCCCCCCUCAUUUGUCAUCGGUUGGAUGAUAAUUGGGAUUUGCAUUGGUGUUGCAGUGCUGGGGGUGAUUGUCGGUGCUAUAGCAGCUAUUUAUUAUCGCUAUCAACAUGAGUUGAAAGUCUGGCUGUAUGCUAGACGGUGGUGUUUAUGGUUUGUCAGUGAGGAUGAGCUGGAUAAGGAUAAAUUGUACGAUGCAUUCGUAAGUUAUUCACACAAGGACGAGGACUUUGUGGUGAAUAAUUUGAUAAUGAAAUUGGAGGCUGGACCUGAGCCAUUUAAACUGUGCCUACAUUAUCGUGAUUGGAAGGCUGGUGAAUGGAUACCAGCGCAAAUAGCUCAUUCUGUUGAUGAAUCGAGACGUACAAUCGUUGUUUUAUCUCCAAAUUUUUUGCAAAGUGUAUGGGGUAAAAUGGAAUUCAGAACAGCUCAUACGCAGGCACUGAGUGAGGGUAGGGCCAGGGUUAUUGUUAUAAUUUAUGGUGAUAUUGGACCUGUUGAUCAACUUGAGCCUGAACUCAAGGCUUAUUUAAGUAUGAAUACUUAUAUCAAGUGGGGGGAUCCAUGGUUCUGGGAUAAAUUGAGAUAUGCUCUACCUCAUCCUGAAGAUCUCGUCAGGAGCAAAAAGAAGAAGCUAACAGUGUUCGAGAGACAACAGCCUGUCAUUGAGAUUAUUAGUGAAAAGGGGGGUUCCAUUGACAAGACUAAAUCCAAAGUCUUGGUGUGAUGAUUGGGCCUUAGUUUUCCAGCUUUAUUCUCUCUCUCUCUCUCUCUCUCUCUCUCUCUCUCUCUCUCUUUUUUGAACAUGUCGACUGAUAAGGCAGGAAAUUGAACAAUUUAAGUGAUACGAGGGGUAAUCUAGAUUAUCACAGACUUUAAUCAUUCCUGCUUUACUCAAUUACUCAAUCUACCUGGUUUCCUGUGGUGUCCAUGCCACAGUAAGUAUAUGUAAUCUAAGCCAUGACACUGUGAUAUGUUUCUUUGUUUUUUAUCAUUCAUUUAUGACAACAUUAGUAAUUCACAUUUUGUAUGGUUUUGAAUAAAUGUAA